GACAGUGUAUCCUUUUAUACAGAUGAUGUGUAUGGUUAUUUCAAGCCUAGCUUUGUAAUGCAAACGCACUGCCACUCCAUACAUAAUCUUCUCAUGAAGAGACUAAGCAAUACUUAUGUGAUUGUGUAUGUCUGUAAGGAAGGUGUAAAAAGCAGUCUCGACUCUAGGGAAGUGAUCAUGGACGAAGUAAACCUAGAGAAACCAAAAGACGGGGAAGAUCUUCUUCUCGAGGGUCUUGUCGACUUGCAAGCAGACUUGGAUGGCAGAAAACCAACAAUUUCUCUGCUUGAACGCAUUGCAGAUGAAAUUGUGAUGACUAAUGAUGUAUCACAGACCUGGCAAGAAACUCAAAUCUUCACAGCUGGUCUGACCAUUGGUGGCACAACAGGUAUACUGCAGACUGCAAAUGUAAAGGGUCAAGGUACAACACAACCACAUGAAGAAACUUUCGAAGAGUUCUACGCAAAGACUGAUAGCCUGGAGGAUGAUGUAGAGGCCAUUGGUGCUAGCUUGGAUGGUGUCUUGUAUCAUUCAACAAACCAAGUGCUUUCAGGGUCUGUUGUUGCUUCUGUCAUAACUGCAGAAUUCGAAUCGAAUAGCACACGGGUUACAAAGUUAAAUGAUACGGUGCUGGAUAUGUCUAGCACAUUUAUGAUUGAUGGAAUAGAGCAGAACAUAAGGUCUUCAAUGUACGUUCAUUCAAUGAAAACGGAUCUCUUCUCUACUAGAGAGCAAGGCUUGUCUGCACCUAUUAAUGAUGUGCUUACCAACCAAUUCAUGAGGAAGUCUGUUGCUUCACAAGAAGUAACGGGUAAUCAUCACUACAGUGUCCAUGUAAACCACAUCCAUGGCAAGCAGGGUGAUGGAUCUCCAUUAGUCCUUAAUGGAAUAGACACUAGUAAAAUUGUGACUAAAGGAAACAAUUUUACCUUUAUGGACAAGAAAACCUUCCAUAGCAUGACCAUUCUGCAAGAGUUAGAUAAUGUUAUAAUAAACAAAAAUUCUUAUUCCAGGUCGACCUAUCUAAAUCUUUCAAGCCAUUUGGUUUACACUAAUGUGUACAGGCCCCAAAUACUGGAUGGCUCAUUUACUCUACAUGAUGUAAAUGUGGAUGGCAACGUUGAUGUUAAAAACAUCAAUAGUGUCGACAUGAAAGAACUUAACACCAUGGUUGUCAGAACUUCUGGAGACUUUACAUUAUCUGGUGAUGUAACCUACCAGAAAGACUUCCAUGUGUCAGGAAACCUGAUCAGCCCAAUACUAAAUGGUAUUGUUAUGGAUAACAUUAAAGAUAAAGAUAACCACCCCCAAAUAAAUGGUGUCUAUCCUUUUACAAAUGCAAACAUUAAAGCAGCUAUAGGCUGCUCCAACAUCAGUGGAAUAAAUCUAAGCGUAGAUGUUGUGACUGUUGAUGCUGACCAGACUAUAUCGGGCGCUUUAACCUUCACUGACGACGUGUUGGUAACUGGCCCUGAAGGAGUAAAGAUGUUGGAUUCUGUUACCAUUAAUAACAUCGACCCCUAUAGCCUUGAUAAGAUGGAUGACCAUGGAAACCUCUUCGUAGAAAAGGCUGUUGUCUUUAAUGCACCACUUCAUGUGACAGAGGAUGUAGAUGUUGAAGUUAUCAAUGCAUUGGCACUCAAAGGCAUAGAAGACCGUUAUUGGAGAAAGGAAACUGAUCAAGUAAUUGAUGUCUUGCCAGAGAUUGUAUCUACCCCUUUUAGUGAUUAUGUGACUGCUAAGAAAAUAAACAACCACCAGAUGGCAGACUUUUUGUCUGUGACAGGCUCCCAAACCAUCAAUGGAGCCUAUACCUUCCAGGGAUUGGUAACCAUAAAUGGACAUCUCAAAGUAACAGAUGGCAUAAAAGAUGGUGUGGAUGUAUCUUCACUACAUGAUAACUUGGUAACUCUAUCUGAUAAUCAAGACAUAGAAGCAGAGACCGUAAACCUUGGUAAGGUCAUCAUAUUGGGGGACUUGGUGCUGAAUGGUGACCUCAAUGGAUGGAAUGUUGUGACCGACUUGGUACGGCUUGACCAAUCACUGCCCCAAACUGGGAGUCUUGCAUUUUUGGACAAAGCUACAGCAACAUCUCUGCAGCUGUCUAGUGCAGACCUUACUGUUCAGAGCCUUAAUGGAAUGGAUGUGAAAUCUGCUACAGAGGAUUUGGUCUUGGUAAAUAAAGAUGCAUCACUUGCUGGGCCCCUGAAGUUCACCCUAAUGACCUCUUCGUUUAGUGGAACUGUUGAUGGUGUUGAUGUGACGGAUCUUGUAGACCGCAGCCUUAAGAAGAUCGCUACCCCACAGGCAGUAACGGGGGCAAUAACGGUGAACAAGGGAGUUCACUUUGAUCAGAGCCCAUCUUUGACCAUGGUUAACAGCAAGGACUGGACCACCUACCUUAGCAAGGUUGUGCCACAAAAUUACAAUGGUGCAAUUGGCGGAAAGAAGACUUUCACAAAGCCAGUAUCUAUAUCCGGCAACUUCAACCCAACUACACUAAACGGGUUUAGUGUAGUUCCACUAUCGGACAGAAUACUGACAAAGAGCACAAACCAGAACGUUGGCAGCAAGUACACCAUCAAUGGGGAUGUUAUGGCUACUAAUGUGGUUGCAGCAGAAAUUGAUGGAGUGUUGUCCUCAAAUCUCCUCCUCCUAGAUGAGAGCAGUAUUGUAUCUGGCAUGGUGGACUUUGCUGAUAACUUAAUCAUUGCUGAUGUAACGUCCGAGUCUCGAGUUCUUGAUGGAUGCAAUGUAGUUCAGUUAAACACCUCAACCAUCUGGAAAAAUGGUAAUGGAGAUGUGGUAAUGCCCUUCAACAUGGCAGUAACAAAUCUUCUAGUUAAAAAAGAUGCAACUGCAAAGGGUCCAGUAAAAGCUGGAACAAGCCACAUGGAUGUCUUCCAUUUCCUGGAUAAGAUAGUUACAAAGUCUUCCAACCAAGAAAUAACAGGCACAGUAGAGUUCAUGACAAACUUGUCUGUGAAUGAUCUUCUAACAAACACCACUAGAUGACGUUUAUGUAGACAUCUCUAUGCUGUGACUGUUAUGGACAAUGAAGCAAGUGUAAUAGACUGUGAUACAGACUUCACCAAAGUUCUGACGGUUGAUAAUCUGAAAGUAAAAACUUCCCUGCACGGAUCUGGUGUUGAAGGGUUGAUAAUACAAUGAAUGUAAAAGGAUGUGAAUACCCAUGCAGUCCACUUGACGGGUGGACCAUACAUGAUAACUGGUGACAAAACUUUCAACAGUGGUCUCUCUUUUGGCGAACUUGCUAUUGAUGGAUCACUAGAUGGAGUACCUGUAGACAACUUGGUGGUGCUCUCGGAUCAUAAUAGACAUGCUGCCAAUAUCCUCUUCAAAGCUCCCAUCUCAAUUAGUGGAGAUCUACAGGUAGUAAUUCAGAAGUGUUGAUGGCUGUUGGAUAAUGUGAACCUUGAGCAGCUCCUAUCUGACAGGAUCAAACUAGAUGCUACAGAAACAUUAAGCUCAUCUACUAUAUUUGAUGGAGUGAAAGUGGAAGGUGACCUCUAUGUUGAUACCAUAGACGGAGUCAUGGUGUCAGAGAUUGUCUUUAAAUCGGGAAGGAUGCAGCAGGAGAUAGAAGGAGUAAAGACCUUCUCUGGAGGGUUACAUGUAGUGGGUGAAACGCAGGCCCCUGUGGUAAAUGGAAUAAAUAUUCUGGAUUUGAAUAAUAAUGUGGUCCGGAAAGACAGGGCAGCAACAACUAAAGAGUUGGUCUUCGAGAAGCCAACAAUAUCGCAAGUAGAUAUGUUGGUACAAGGAAAUGUAAAUGGUUAUGAUCUUUCUGAAACCGACUAUGAGGCCUCGGUCCUACAAGGAAACAUUAAAGCAGAGAAUGACCGCUUAUUGAACCUAAACUUGACUUUGUCAACUAUCCAUGUUGACACAAAGCUACUCUCCUGUGGAAUGUAUGAAACGUACCAUUAUGGUGAAAGAAUAAACGAAAAGGCUAUAUCCAUUUCUGGUAAAAUGAGUUGUGGAACAUUUGGAGGUUCAUCAGUAUUGGCUGUGCGGGAUUGCAGUGACUACGAUUGCAGAUGCCCUUUGCAAUAUGCACUCUAUGAAGUUGAUGAUAACGGUAACAUGAGCCAGAUAGAGACGGAUGUAAACUCUGCUUUCAUCUUCAGUACAGAAGGGUAUGAAGGCACUGGACUAAUAAGCAGCUGUGCCAAUGGUGGAUCAAGUACUGUAAAGAUCUUGCUAAACAAUAGGGAAACGGACCUGCCACAGGGAUCAGCACUAGGAAUUAUUGCAGAUGCAAAAUCCUUUACCACCAGUGGUGGCACCUACAUGGUGAUGGCAGGUGCAAUUUCUGAUGUGAAUACUGCCACAACAAAAAGUCAGUGUGUUAAAGUGAAUAACAAUGCCAUAGAUGUGAUUUGGUCUCUAGAUACUGCCUAUAGUGCUUCAACACUCGACUUGACCCUGGGAGAUGAAGGUUGGUUGCUCUUGGUAGCAAAUUUGAUGGCAGCAAAUGAUACUGUAGAUCCUUUCAUGGCCCCAUCACAAUUGUAUCUCUGGUCUACUGCAGAAAAAAAAGGUAACCUUGUUCAAGAAUUUAUGGGUCAACAUGUGACCUCGGGCAUCUUGAAUUCUAAGAAGAAUCUCAAGGAAAGAUUCUUUACUCUUACUCAGUACAAAGCGGCAAAAUCUCAAAUGCAAGGAACAAAAUUAAAUACAAAAGUGCAGGUGUUCAAGUACAUAGAUUCUCGUUAUGUUCCAUUCGAGAGUUUACCAACGCUUGGAGCUAUUGCCCAAGCCUCGCUUUCCAUAGGCGAUGACCUCUACUUGGCAGUACUUUCGGACUUUAAAAGUACCCUAGAUAUCUAUGAACUCUUACCUUCUGAGGGAUUCCAUUUGCAGCAGAGCAUUGCAGUAUGUGAGACUCCCCUUGAUGUGAAGAAGAUUGAGACGACAGAGGACUUGCUUAUUGUUACUUGUACAAAUCCAAAUCAAAUGAUAACAAUAAGAUUAAAUGCCAAAGGAUAUUCUUACAGAUUAUAAGUGGAGUGUGGAGCUUGUUUAUUUUAACUUUUAAAUACAAAUCUAUGGUA